AUGCGGCCACUGUGGCUGUGCUGGGCUCUUUGGGCGCUGCCCUUCCCCGGCCCCGGGGCCGCCUUGAGCGGGGAGCAGAUCCGGGGCAGCCUGCUGCGGCAGCUGCACCUCAGCCAGGUGCCCGUCCUAGACGGGGGCGACGCUGACGGGCUGGUCACCCCUGCCCACGUGACAGCCCAGUACGUGGCCCUGUUGCAGCGCAGCCACGGCGCCCGCUCUCGAGGGAAGAGGUUCAGCCAGAAAUUCCGAGAGGUGGUGGGCAGGUGGCUGGCGUCGGAGGCCUCCACGCACCUGCUGGUGUUCAGCAUGGAGGGGCGGCUGCCCCCCAACAGCGAGCUGGUGCGGGCCGUGCUGCGCCUCUUCCAGGAGCCGGUGCCCAGCGCCGCGCUCCGCAGGCUCGAGCGGCUGUCCCCGCACAGCGCCCGUGCCCGCGUCACCGUCGAGUGGCUGCACGUCCGCGAGGACAGCUCCAACCGCACCUCCUUGGUGGACUCCAGGCUGGUGUCCCUCCACGACAGCGGCUGGAAGGCCUUCGACAUGACCGAGGCCGUGACCUUCUGGCAGCAGCUGAGCCGGCCUCGGCAGCCCCUGCUCCUGCAGGUGACGGUGCAGACGGAGCACCUGGGCCCGCGGGCCGCGGGCGCCCACAAGCUGGUGCGCUUCGCUUCCCAGGGGCCGGCGGGCGCCAGGCAGGGCGAGCCCCAGCUGGAGCUGCACACGCUGGACCUGGGGGCCUACGGAGCUCAGGGCGAUUGUGACCCCGAGGUGCCUGGGUCGGAGGCCCCCCGCUGCUGCCGCCAGGAGAUGUACAUCGACCUGCAGGGGAUGAAGUGGGCUGAGAACUGGGUCCUGGAGCCCCCGGGCUUCCUGGCCUACGAGUGCGUGGGCGCCUGCCGGCAGCCCCUGCCCUUCAAGUGGCCGCUUCUGGGGCCUCCACAGUGCAUCGCCUCGGAAACGGCCUCGCUGCCCAUGACCGUCCCUGUGGAGGAGGGAGGCAGGCCCAGGCCCCAGGUGGUCAGCCUGCCCAACAUGAGGGUGCAGAGCUGUAGUUGCUCCUGGGAUGGGGCGCCGGUGCCCCGGAAGCUGGAGCCUUAGGUGUGGGGCGUGGCCACGGGGGGACUUGGCUUUUGUGGGCAUCAGGGGUGUUGUAGGGCAUGGGGAGA